AUGACGCUCGCGACCCCCUCCUCGCGCGCGAAAUGCAAAUAUGCUACAGCGGGUAUGAAAUCGCACCUCGCUAGCCCGCCCACUCCACCUCCCUCCAAUUUCAGCUCGGGCCCACUACUCGCGAUAGCAGCACACCAAAUGUCGUCUGCGAUCCGCGCCUCGGACGCGUUUCACGCCCUGAACAUGGACCGCUGA